AAUGUAUGUUUUAUUAAAUAUCAAUGCAAAAUUAUAAAUGUCGCCAUAAAUUUUCAACAUAAAAAAAAUUUAAAAAGUAUAUUUUUUAUCAGUUUUUAUUUAGUGAAAUGGCUACUGUACAAGACUGGGCUAAAUAUACAGACGAGCAAGAGAAAAGUCUAUAUAAGAAGGUGGAAGAUAUUAAGGUAUCCACAAGCAGCAGUGAAAAAAUUAAUGUUUCAAAAAAUGAAGGAGCAGGAGAGACUGAGGAGCCAGAAAUUUCUGCAGCUGAGUUAUCUCUGAUGAAAAAGAUCCUUCGAUCCAAGUUAAUUAAAAGCACCAAUGAUGUUGAAGUCCAGCGAAAUGAUCCUAACUCUCCUUUGUAUUCUGUUAAGUCAUUUGAAGAGUUAAAUUUAAAUCCCAACCUUUUGAAGGGUGUUUAUGCCAUGGGUUUCAAUUCUCCCUCCAAAAUCCAAGAAACUGCUCUUCCAACAUUACUAGCAGAUCCCCCUCAAAAUAUGAUUGCUCAAUCACAGAGUGGAACCGGGAAGACUGCUGCAUUUGUAUUGGCCAGUCUCAGUAGGGUUGAUUCAUCUAAAUCAUUUCCACAGGUAAUCAUAUUGUCCCCAACUUAUGAACUAGCAUUACAGACAGGAAGUGUGGCUAAACAAAUGGCAAAGUACUGUGACGAUAUCAAAUUCCGCUUUGCUGUGAGAGGAGAGGAAAUCUCAAAGGGAGAGAAGAUCACAGAACAAGUUAUAGUAGGAACACCGGGAAAAGUGAUGGAUUGGGCAUUGAGAUACAGAUUCUUUGAUAUUCAAAAAAUAAGAGUGUUUGUAUUAGAUGAAGCUGAUGUGAUGAUUGCUACCCAGGGUCACCAUGAUCAGUCCAUUCGAGUUCAUAAACAGCUUUCUAAGGACUGCCAGAUGAUGCUAUUCUCAGCCACUUAUGACCAAGAAGUGAUGGACUUUGCUGAGAUAAUUGUUUCUAAUCCUGUAAUCAUCAGACUGCGAAAGGAAGAGGAGAGUUUAGACAACAUCAAACAAUUCUAUGUUGUCUGUAAAAACAUGGAUGAAAAGUUUUCUGCCCUGUCUAACAUCUAUGGAGUAAUUUCAAUUGGGCAAGCAAUUGUCUUCUGUCAUACAAGAAGAACAGCAUCCUGGUUGUCAGAAAAACUUACCAAAGAAGGACAUGCUGUAGCUUUACUCUCUGGAGACUUGCAGGUUGACCAAAGAUUAGCUGUCUUGAAUAGGUUCAGAGAUGGAAAAGAAAAAGUCCUCAUUACUACCAAUGUUUGUGCUAGAGGAAUUGAUAUAGACCAGGUAACUGUAGUGGUCAACUUUGACCUUCCUAUUGACCAGGCAGGAAGGGCUGACUGUGAGACAUAUCUGCACAGAAUUGGCCGGACAGGACGCUUUGGAAAAGUGGGACUUGCCAUUAACAUGGUUGAUGGACCGCGAACACUUGCCUUAUUGAAGCAAAUAGCAGAUCACUUUGGAAGAAAUAUCUUAAAGUUGGAUGCUGAAGAUGUUGAUGAAAUUGAAAGACUGAACCAAGAUUGAUCCUCUGUGUAAAUUAACAA